AUGGUUUCUGCGGAGAACGAUUCGCAUUCCACUACCACUGAAGCUACACAUUCUCAUUCCACGGUUUCCAACAAACCUCACCGAAACAUCGGCAAGUCUAUGCGGACCGUGCGUUCCAAAUUAUUCCCACGCGACCACGCCAGGUGCGUCUCCGAUAGCCUAACCGAUUCGCUCAUGGAACUCGCUUCGCGAAACAACAAGUCCGUUAAAUCUUCCGUUACGGAGGAGCAGCUUCUCGAGCUCUCGCAAGCUUUGAGCGAUUUCUCGGCUUGCAGCAGCGAUAUCUCGGGAGAGCUCCAGAGGCUCGCCACGGUCACCUCCUCCGAACCUGCUGCUGACGUUGGCCGGGAGCCUGAAGCUGAGGUCGAGCCUUGCUUAGGGUUUCUCCAACGUGAGAGUUUCUCCACGGAGAUCAUCGAGAGUAUCUCGCCGGAGGAUCUUCAGCCGACGGUGAAGAUCUGUGUCGACGGACUGCAGUCGACGUCGGUGGCGGUGAAGCGAUCGGCGGCGGCAAAGCUGAGGCUGUUGGCGAAGAACAGAGCGGAUAACCGUGCUCUGAUCGGCGAGUCCGGUGCAGUGCCUGCGCUGGUUCCGCUACUCCGCUGCAGCGAUCCGUGGACGCAGGAGCACGCAGUGACGGCGUUGCUGAAUCUGUCUCUUCUGGAGGAGAACAAGGCGCUGAUAACGAAUGCCGGUGCGGUGAAGUCGCUGAUUUACGUGCUUAAGACAGGUACGGAGACUUCGAAGCAGAACGCGGCUUGCGCGCUGAUGAGUCUUGCGUUGGUGGAGGAGAACAAGAGCUCGAUCGGUGCUUGCGGGGCGAUACCGCCGCUGGUGUCGCUGCUGCUGAGUGGGUCCCACAGAGGGAAGAAGGACGCGCUGACGACGCUGUAUAAGCUGUGUUCGGUGCGGCAGAACAAGGAGAGGGCGGUGAGCGCAGGGGCGGUGAGGCCGUUGGUGGAGCUGGUAGCGGAGGAGGGGAGCGGGAUGGCGGACAAGGCGAUGGUGGUGCUGAACAGUUUGGCGGGGAUUGAGGAGGGGAAGGAGGCGAUCGUAGAAGAAGGUGGAAUUGCUGCGCUUGUGGAAGCGAUUGAAGAUGGGACGGUGAAGGGGAAGGAGUUUGCUGUUUUGACUCUUGUUCAGCUCUGUGCUCACAGUGGCAGGAACAGAGGAUUGCUUGUGAGAGAAGGUGGCAUUCCUCCACUCGUUGCUCUUUCUCAGAACGGCUCUGUUCGAGCUAAGCAUAAGGCUGAGACACUCCUUGGAUAUUUGAGAGAAUCAAGAAAUGAGGCGUCCUGUUCAAGUCCUUAG